AUGUAUUUGCAUAUGUUUCCACCACAAACAGGUGACAAAAACACGCUGUGUUUCAUCGGAUUGCUCAUGCCGUGGGGUGGCCUUUUCCCGGUGGCCGAGAUGCAAGCGCGGCUCUUCUGUGCCCAAAUGUUUCGCGAGAUUAGUCUUCCGAACGUCGACCGAAUGCGAUUGAGUAUCUCGAAAGAUGAGGAGAAAGCGAGGCAACGCUAUACACACAGCAAUCGACACUACUUUGAGGUCGAUUUCGUUCCCUACCUUAGGGAUUGGCUGGAAUAUUGCGAUGUCGCCCGAGCAACUUCCGGCUCAGUUUCCGACUGGACACUGUUCAAAAAAGUGUUCUUCGGUCCCUGUGUCUCGCCUGUCUACCGGCUUCAUGGAAAACACUCGUGGAUCGGUGCCCGAGAGGCGAUUCUUGGAGUCGAGCAUCGAACUUCAACGGCUUAUCUUGGACUCGGUCCCGUCGGCUCGCAUUCGGGAUACUGCCAAAUGGGGCGACUCGAGAAAAAUGGGCAAAACGAGACGCAAAAGAGCGGAACAGCACCCAAUGGAACGAUUCACAUAAAUAAUUUCGAUGGUCAGCUG